AUGCCCGCAAAAUCUCAAGAUGAUUCUAGAAGCAAUUCACCAUUUUCAUCAAAUCCGUCCAUGAAACCAUCGUCCUCCACCUCUAAAAGUGUUUCUACUGUGGAUAGCAGUGUGACGCGAUUGUUGAUGUCAACAAAACAAUUACUCCAACGGUUGACACAGUGGUCCAAGGGACAAGCAAAUGAACGAAAUGUGUCUGAUGCAUACGUGCAACUUGGUAACGAUUUUAAAUUGGUUUCGAAGCAUUUUUCGCAUUCUGGACUGGAUGUUACGGAUUUGGGUGAUGUUCCAAUGAAUCUAAGAAAAGUGCUUGAGGUUGCACUUAGGGAAACACCGUCGGAGGCAGUACUAGAUCGGUACUUGCCUAGUAUUCGAGAGAUUAUUGUAAGUUUAUUGGAUAAGUUGAAAGUGAAACAAGCUUUAAUGAGAAAUUUGAAACAACAAGUAGGAUCGAGAAGUUUACCGGUAACACCAACGGGUCAGGCAAGAGCUUCUUCUGCUACUUUUCCGGAAUCAUUUGAAGAUGCGAAAGAUAAUGGCACACAUAUUGAGGUUCGCAGUCCAGCGGCUGUAAGUACUCCAUUACGAAGGUCUUCGGGUUCCUCUCAGCAAAUGGGAGAGUCCAGUCGAGCACUUGAUCGUCUCAAAAAGGGCGAUACGCUUCAAAGAAGAGCUUCUAAGAGGUUUUCUGCCUAUCAUAUGGCUAAGCUUGCCCAUCAUGCCGUUUCAGAUGCUCCUAACAUGACGCCAGUACCAGUACCAGGCCUAGCUGUUGGUGUGGAAAAUCUAUCUCCACAGGGCACCGAUCAAGCCUCUGCUAAGCAAUUAAAAGAUGAAUUAGCCGCAACUACACAAAGAGUUACGGGAAUUUCAGCAGAAAAAACUCCUACUUUCGGAACAAUUCAACUUUUGCUGAGAAUUGGGAAUAAAACGAAAAAAUGUUCUGCGUCUCAGCCCAUAAAUUUUAAUACUUUGAGGCUUUUGUUCUUAGAAAAAUUCACUUACACACCGGGAGAGACCGCGUUCCCCGAGAUUUAUAUCCAAGAACCUGGUGAUCAAGUUCCUUACGAAUUAGAGGAAGUGCAACUGCCACGCAUCAAGAAUGGAUCUUUACUCGAACUUCAAGUCCCUACAGAACCCAACGUAGGUGGUAAUGAUUUGCUAAAUCUGGCAGAAGAAUUUUCGAAGCUAAAAUCAGAGCUUUUGGUUCAACAGCAGGCAUUUUUCAAAAGUUUCCGCACCACUGAUACUGGAAUAGCUGUAAUGCCUGAUAGAAACGGUGGCAAACUUGCUGAAGAGAGCACAUCAAGAUCCAAUAGUUUUAAAAAUCCAAACUUCAAAGGUUUAAAGCAUGACUUGUCGGUAUUGAAGCAACUCCAUACAAAUAAUAGCGAAGAUUUGCAUUCUAAUAUCGCUAUCUUGUCGCAAAAACUUGAAAGGUUUAGAUCGCUGUCAUUCCAUGCUUCCACAAGUGCCAAUCGAGUCUACAUGGAGAAAGCUCACAGUAAGUUAUCUGAAGUGUCAGAUGAAUUGUUGGGUAAAGUUGAUGACUUGCAGGAUAUUAUCGAGGCAAUGAGGAAAGACGUAGCGGUGAGAGGAUCAAAGCCCUCAAAGAAGAAGAUAGAGGCAGUUUCACUGGAAAUCACAGGAGCUGAUGAUGCGUUGCGAACCAUGAACUCUUACAUUGAAACUGAGAAACCCAAUUGGAAGAGAAUAUGGGAAAGUGAGCUUGAAAAAGUUUGCGAAGAGCAACAAUUUUUAAAGCUGCAGGAAGAUUUGGCCUUUGACUUCGGAGAAGAUCUUAGAAAAGCUAUCGAAACGUUUGACCUUGUAAAAAUGUGUUGUGAGGAGCAGGAGAAAAACCCCAAGAGGGCAAGAGGAAAACCUUUACUACCUAUACCAAAACCAGGGACGUUCAAUCAAGUUAGGGAAGCUGUGCUCUUGGAGGUUCAGUCAUUAGCACCUGAUCACGACAGUCGCGUUGAGGCGAUCGAAAAAGCGGAGAGGCUCAGGCUAAGAGAGAGAGGUUUCGGAGAGACCACUGAUUUUGAAGAUGAGCUGGGAAGUUUUGUCGGAAAGGGGAGCUUUAAGAAGGCUGGAGGCAUUGCAGAAAUAGAAAAGGCUAGAAAACAAAAAGAUCAAGAAAAUAUAAAAGCUUCUUUCCAGACGGCGAGUAUUCGUUGA